CUCCUGUGUACACUUAUUGGACUUUGGAGUUUGCAUUUCAGCAAAACAAUGAGAAGCCUGCUUUUUGCCCUUGUUGUGGUACUACUGGUAGCAAGUGGGACGGCUCUGGAUUGCUACCAUUGCCAGCCUAAGAAGUCAGGUGAGGCAUGUGAGAUCACAAAGCUGACCUGUCCUGCUGAAAAAGACGCCUGCGUCGCAGCCAAGUUCACCAGAUCCCCAUAUGGACACUACCAGAAGUGCACGGCUAUGGCUGACUGUGAGCUUCUGAAGCUGAAUGCCUACAUACGGGUCAAAUGCUGCCAGAAUGACCUCUGUAAUACCCUGUGAUCCAACUGUUCUUUCACCUUUCACACUAUAAAUAUCCAUUCACAUCUAUGUUUUAGAAGCUUGUGGAUAAUGGUUACUGGUCUAACAGGAAAGAUUUCAAAUAAAAAGAAAAUAAAAAUAUGGAUGAAAUUAA